AUGGGGGAGGACCUGUUCUGGUCCAUCCGCGGUGGCGGCGGAGAGAGCUUCGGUGUCGUGCUGUCUUGGAAGCUCCGCCUCGUGCGCGUGCCGGAGACAGUCACCGUGUUCACCGUGCGCCGCUCCAAGCCGCUGGAGCUGCUCCUGGACAGGAGCGGCGAGACGCGCAGGUACAUCAAGGCCAAGUCCGACUACGUGCAAGAACCCAUCCCACGGCACGUGUGGGACAGCACAUGGUCGUGCCUGGAGAAGCCCGAGGCCGGGCUGCUCAUCCUGGACCCCUACGGCGGCCGGAUGGGCAUCAUCUCUCCGUCAGCGACGCCGUUCCCGCACCGGAAGGGGAACCUGUACAACAUCCAGUACUACUCGUGCUGGUUCGAGAAUGGCACUGCGGCAUUGGACAAGCGGAUGAGCUGGGUCCGAGGGCUGUACGAGCAGAUGGAGCCGUAUGUAUCCAAGAACCCAAGAACUGGCUAUGUCAACUACAGGGGCUUGGAUCUUGGGACGAAUGAGUUGGAGGACAAUAAUGUGACUAGCUACGCCAAGGCAUGGAUUUGGGGGGAGAAGUAUUUCAAAGGCAAUUUUGAGAGGCUGGCAGCUGUGAAGGCCAUGGUGGAUCCUGAUGACUUCUUCAGGAAUGAGCAGAGCAUCCCUCCUCUUCCCGCUGCAAAAGGAUGGAGCUCCAUUUGA